AUGGUUUCGUUCAAAUACUUAAUCACCUUAGCUUUGGCUACAACUGCAGUCCAAUCAUUCUCCCUUUUGCAUGAUGCUGAAGGUUUCGCCAUCUUGCCACCAACUGAUGUUGUUUUAAACCACUUGAAAGAAGCUGGUAAGAAGGAUGCAUCAAACCAUUACGAUGUCGUCAAUACUGUUCACAAGAAUGGUGAGAUUGUUCAAGUCAACAUGCACACUCAUGAAAUUAAACAAACCGGUAAAUACAAGUACGACUAUGACAACUCAUGUUACCGUGAUGAAUCCAAGAGAGAUUUAUUUACUAGAGAAAUUCAAGAUGCCAGUUUACAAGCAUGUUUCAACAAAGAAGAUGAAUUGGAAACUUCUCAAUGUGGAUUUGAUUUCGUUGCUUAUGAUGAUGCUUCAAACUGUGAUUCUUCAUCCACCAAGUACUCUUGUGUUUUGGAUGUUCAAAAACAACAAGAUGCUACGCUUAAAUUGAAGGAUAUGGAUAAUAUUCCAGCCCAAGUCAGAUGCUACCACAAACUUUCAACUGCUCAAAGUGAUAAAGUCACUGGUGGUGCUUGUGCUAAAUAA